AUGCCACUAAGGAUGCCAGCUCAAUCGACGCACAACCAUGAUGCUUUGGUGUCAUCCACACAAGACACCCUCUCCUACCAGGUACCUGACUCCGCAGCAACGUCUUCCCCAUGGGGUGAUGUGCAAACCUCGCCUGAAGCCGUUCGGAGGCAACGAGAUCUCACACUCAUCAUAGAGGCCAUCAGAGAGUUUGAGGGUGGAGUUUUCAACGAUCCCGAUGCCCCUAUGACCAAAAUCUGUAAUUGGCGAAGAAUCAUGCCAGCCCAGCUCGAAAGAGAACUCGUCCCCAAUGAUGGUGCCAAGCCAACACUGCGAUACCGGCUCGCACCCCUAGAUCAACUAGGAUUGACUGAUAUGUUCUCGAAGAUUUCAGUGUUCACAUGUCUGGCUGCUGCCACCAAAUUUGCCACAGGCGAAUUCGUUAUAGACCCGCAUGGCGAUUUCUCACUCAUGCUGGCUGAGAAAGGCUGGGCGUCACAGAAGGAAUUCGAUAUCGUAUGGCACUUCCUUGACCAAUGA